UCCUCGCGUAGCCCCACCCUCGCCGCUCCCAGCCACCCUCUCCCGCCUCACACUGGAGCCGAGCGUCAUUUCAGCCUCGGCGGCGCUGCAGACAUGGCGACGACGCUGACAGCCGUCCAGCCGCUCACUUUGGACCGAGAUGUUGCCAGAGCAAUUGAACUGCUGGAGAAACUACAAGAAGCUGGAGAAGUACCAGGACACAAGCUGCAGUCACUUAAAAAAGUACUGCAGAGUGAGUUUUGUACAGCUAUCAGAGAGGUAUAUCAAUAUAUGCAUGAAACCAUAAACGUUAAUGGCUGCCCCGAAUUCCGCGCAAGGGCAACAGCAAAGGCAACAGUUGCUGCCUUUGCAGCUAGUGAAGGCCAUUCUCACCCUCGAGUGGUAGAACUGCCAAAGACUGAUGAAGGCCUUGGCUUUAAUGUAAUGGGAGGAAAAGAACAAAAUUCUCCUAUUUAUAUUUCUCGCAUAAUUCCUGGAGGAGUAGCUGAGAGGCAUGGAGGACUCAAACGGGGAGACCAGUUACUUUCUGUUAAUGGAGUGAGCGUGGAAGGAGAGCAUCACGAAAAAGCUGUGGAGCUCCUGAAGGCCGCUAAGGACAGUGUCAAGCUAGUGGUGCGCUACACUCCCAAAGUGUUGGAUGAGAUGGAGGCUCGCUUUGAGAAGCUAAGGACAGCACGGCGCAGACAACAGCAGCAGUUGCUAAUUCAGCAGCAGCAGCAGAAUGCACAACAAAACCAUAUGUCGUAGAUUGUCCUCGAAGAAGAAAUUCUAAACCAAGAAUCCAACAAUUUAGCAGCAAAGCUGUAUUUUGAAUUCCAACAUGCAGUAAAAGAGCAGCAGCAAUGACAGUACAACAGCUGCAUUCACCAGCAAACUGUGAAAGGCUGCCAUAAGAAUUGCUUGGCAGGUCAAUAACAUAGUGAAAUCCUUCCAAAAAGGUUUUUCGGUGUACUGAAGUCCUAGGAUGAAAGGUUUCUUUGACUCUUGUUCCGUGUGGUAAGGCUUUUUAAAAAAGAAAAAGAACACUCUGUAAAAUUGAGAGUUUUAGUAGUGAAUGAAUGAAUGAAUGAAUGAAUGUGUCUAUGGUCCAAUCCUGCUUGCUUUACAGUGAUACUUCAGUGGGAAUUUAUCAGAUGGAUGCAAGAUGGGGCCACUGCUGAGAGUAACAGCUGUCCAGUAUUUCUGGCCCUAUCUAGCCUAAGCCAUGCUUUUAAAAGGAUCAGAACUAGUUGAUUUUAAAAGGAUCAGAACUAGUUGAUUCAGAAUGUAGAUGGAAAAGUGCUCUAGACUGCACACUGAAAGCAAUUUGCUGACAUUUGGGUGCUGACAAUUGAAUGCCACCCCUUUUGUGUCCACGGUUCCUAAGCCAGUAAGUGAUACAUGUGAGGAAGACCACCUUUUAAAUGUACAAAUCUCCCUAUCUGGAUUGAGGCCUGUGGCCCCAAGACAUUACAAAUUCAGGGAGAAAUGGCACCAGUUAUAAAAUGUUACCACUUACAAAAGCCCUUCUUGCAUCUUGCAAAACAUCUUCACUUCACAAUCUUGUACAGGUGCUUUGAUCUGAAAUCCAGUUUGUAAUCUAGUUCUUUACUUUUUUUUCCUUCCUGGGAGUUAUUACAAUAUUUAUACUGUGGCUGCAGAGUUGAGUUGAUUAAUCAAUGGAUCUAAAUCAAAAUAUUGCUACUUGAUGAAAGAGAUGCUCCUGAUUAAUUUUUGUUUUGUUUUGGAUGGUUAAUUAUUAUUUUUAAUGCAAGUGGUUAUAAAUCCAUUGGGGGGGGGCAAUUUCCUCCUCCACCUCGUAGGAAGUAAUGGUUCUUCUGAGAUCAUGCU